CAUCUCGCCGGCCCCCCACUGACCCCCAACCAGGAACCCUCGCCGGCCCGCCCGACCGUGGACUUCGCGGAGCAGGACGUCCACGUCUUCGACGAGGAAUACGACGGCGCCGAAGCCGAGGCCGAAGGCAGAGGCGGCGCCUCGUCCGGCUCUUCCUCCCUGUCCUCAUCCUCCUCGUCCUCCGCCGCCGCCUCCUCCUCCUCCAGCGGUCACAGCAACAGCGUUGCCGGCGGCGGCGAUGAUGGGGACGGCGGGGAGUAUGACUCGUUCGAUGUCGUGCCCGUCAAGCCCGCCGCAGGGGACGAGGAGGAAGAGGAGGUGAGAGAUUUGUUUGCCCCCCGCGUGUAGCAACUACCUAAUUUCAGGUCCACCUCUCGUUACUGAAUUAGCCGCUAGAUUCUCCUGGGCCAAGUUAUCUCCUUGGUAUUUGGUGAACAGGAUUUCUUAGGAGAUUGCUACAUAACCCUACCAAGUUUCUGUGUGAUUGGCUGGUUUUGUUGCUCGUGGGGCUGCUGCAAUGAACGUUUGGUCUGUGGCAGAAUUAACCUUCUCGCUUGAGUACACGAUGAACUCUUCAUGCUGCAGACUUGUGUUAGAAUCAUUGUUCAAGUUUCAGCAGUGUAUGUCAGGCUAAGUAGAGCAUAAUGUUGGAUUAAAUUCUCUGCUAGCAUCUUCUGGUUCUUGCUUGAUUUUGUAGAGUCAGAGAGACUUUGAGAAGGUUAUGUAAUAAUCAAAAUAUUAACAUAUAUAUCUGAAAUAUGGAAGAUCAGUGAGCAAUGCUCCUGUGCUAGGGUACAAACAUGUGUUUUUUAGAUGGAGUACAUUCUAUUCCAUUAACCGAAAUGACCAGCUAUAUUCUCUCCAACUACGAAACUGAGCAAAAAGUCAGGAUCACCGUCUAACCACAAACACGUCUGCGACCUUAUAACAACGCACCUUUGUUUCUCAGAUAUUCUUUUCGACUUGUAUACUAAUUAUCUGGUUUGUCUUCUUGUUGCUCUUUAUCAAAAAAUACAUCCAUGUUGUUUAGGAAUUCAUUUAUGUUUACACAUAAUUACCUCUAUCUAAUUAGAAUUGUUGGUAGACAUCUUUAUAGUAGUUUAGUACUGAAGCCCGCGGAGGACGGGGACGAUAUGGGGGUGCAGAUGCAGGGCGUUUUCUUUGGAUCUCCCGCUGAAGUUCUUUAAAGACGAGUUUCUGUAGAGAACCUAGGUAAAGGGUUGAUUUUGGUUUCUUUGUUUGGUUUUAA